AUGUCCAGUGUACUAGUGCUAAUUAUUUCCCUGGCUAUUAUUAAUUACUCUGAUGGACGGUACACUCCACCUCAAGCCAAAGUCGAGCCGCUUUAUCCCAAGGGCAUAAGGAUAUCGAUCCCAGAUGAGAAAGGAAUCAGCCUAGUGGCGUUCCACAUAAAAUUUAAUGAAGAAUUCGAAGGAAUUGAAGCCGGAACAAUCGCCCGUGACAUUUUGAGAGUUAAAAAUGGCCGCUGGGCCUAUGAAGAUCAUACUACCGAACUUACCUUCGGAGACACUGUCUAUUAUUGGGUCCACGUGGUCUAUGAAGGUCUGGGCUAUAACCUCUUGUUCCAGGAACAUAAGGUCAACGCUUUCUUCAACAAAGAUGGAACUCGGGCGAACGUUAAUAACCCUGUUGUCGAUCAAACACAACAUUGCACGCCAUCGGCUUCAAAAUUGUAUGACUCGGUCGGUAAAACUUAUCAAGAAGCUUGUCAAGGACAGCUGAUUUUUGAAGAUCACUUUGAAUUGUUUAAUACUUCAAAAUGGCGGGCUGUUGAACGAUUUACUUCUGCUCCUGAUUAUGCAUUUGUUGUGUACAGAAAUAAUGAGAAGAAUAUUAAAGUUAAUGAAGGUAAGCUUAAUUUAUGCCCGAUGUUAAUCGAAAGCGAAUUUGGAAGAGAUUUUAUCCGCCAUGGAAGUUUAAAUCUUGAAAUGUGUACUGAAGAAAUGGACUCAAGUGACUGUAAAAGAGAAGCUAGAGGUGCCUAUAUCUUACCUCCGGUGUCUUCAGGAUACGUGGACACAAAAAAAUCAUUUUCAUUUGUCUACGGGAAGAUAGAAGUACGCGCAAAGCUGCCGAAAGGAGAUUGGAUUUAUCCAAUUAUCAGUCUGGAGCCUUUGCAAGACGCUGAAGCGAUGAGCUACCCUCAAUUGAGGGUCGCAGCGUCUUUAGGGAACACAGUAAUUGUGUCAAGUGGAGGCGCAGACUUGAGCGGGCAUCUUCUAACUGCAGGGAAAAUUCAAAGGAACGAUGGCCAGGGGCUUCUUGAUCAACGAGUCGGUUCUCUAGAGCUGCCCAAAAGAUUCGCCGCCAAUUACUGGUCAGACGAGUAUCAUAUUUAUCAGCUGGAGUGGACUAGCUCCAAGAUAACUGUUAAGGUUGAUAAUGUAGAGUACGGGACUAUGGAUACAAAUCCAGCUUUUGAUAGACCUUUUUACAUUGCACUAGCAGUCGCAGUAGGAGGUCACGAAGAAUUUCCAGAUGGUACUGUGAGUAAUGGAUACAGUAAGCCCUGGAGGAAUGUUGGAUCCAAGAUCCUAGGAAUAAUAUUAAUAAAUGUGUCAUUAAUAAACGCAACUAUUUGGACAUUGAUCCACGAUUCAAUCCAAAAUAACAUUGCAGGAAUACCAACAGUUCACCAGCAUACAGAAUGGGAUUUCAAUCCAGAGCAUGGUAAAGCGCGUCGAGCACAAUACGAAGCACUAAAUGGUCCAUUAGGAAAAGAUCUUAUAGACCGUCUCGGGAACGGAAUGAACAAUUUCAACGGACCGUGGGGUUUAAAAGUGUCCAAAUUAAAACCCAAUUUGCGUUACUCAUAA